UUCACAUCCAAUGGCCCAUAAUGUAUCGGUGCAUCUGGUGGAUACACGCUCGCCUGGCCUGGCCUCUCCUCUGAAUUUGGGGACGGGAGGUCACAACCGCAUCGCCAUGGCUCCCGCCGCCGCCCGCCUCCUUCCAGCCGCCAUGCCUUCUACCCCUCACCGUCCCCUGAAUUGGUGCUGGCCAGCCGGCGCACGCCGCCCUACCCCUCGCACGCGCCUUCUCCGCCCAAACUCACGGCUCCUGGUCGUCGCCUCCGCGCAGUCCAACCUCUCCAAAGCUAUUCAAACAACAUGGAGGGUCGGUAAGGAAGCUGUGGAUGCUGGAAGUGCUCUUGUCCCAGGUUCAGUUCCACGCCCAAUUGCUAGGAUAGGUGUGACAUUUGUUGCUGCGUCUGUCGCCCUUUUUCUGCUCAAGUCGGUCAUUUCCACCGCAUUGUUUGUACUGGCGAUGAUGGGGCUUAUAUACUUCGCCUUCCUGGCAAUGAACCCGAAAGAGGGCUCCAGGAGCGUGGAUGAAGGAGACAGUCCUCCGUCAGACGACCCCGCCGAAGAAGCCCGGCGCAUAAUGGAGAAAUACAAGUGAAAAAGAGACUUAUUUUGGUGAGUCUACUCUGAAGUCUGAAUGGGCAUACAGAGAAAUACCAGCUGUGGCCUUGGAUGGAUCUGCCUUUAGAUCAACAGAAGUGAAUUCUUUCGUAUGGCCACAUAUUGGGGUUUGAUCUUUUCAGCAAAAAAGAUGAGUUGUUGUACAACACUGUUAUUAUUAUACAAUAUAGUGGCUAGUGAUCUGAA